CUCCGUUGCUAUGCUAUCUUGUGUGGACGUUCUCCGGGUGAUGGAGAAGAUGUAGCUGAUCCUUAACGGACAAACACGGUGAACACGGUGGACACGGUGUCCGGUUUGAACCGUUUCGAGCUGUGACUGUAACAAAACACAAUGUCCGGUAUCAGGAGAGUGAACGGGAAGCUAUCGGGAGUGAACCCGGCUGUCAGUUGCUGUCGCCUGCGGCAGGUCCAGUCUCUGCUCUGUGAGGGCGGCACUGCCUCGCCCGAUGGCAUCCUGUGCUCUCUCGGGAUUGACAGCAGAUAUAACGAGGGCUGCACGGAGCUGGCCAAAUACCUGUUCUAUGGACUGUAUGGAAGAAAUCAGCUGAAUCUGGAACAUGCCCUGCUUGAGGAGUUCCCUGAAGAAAUGCUGGACGAUGUGAUCUUGCUGAUCAAGGCGGAGUGUGUUCAUCUGUACUGCAACCCAAUGAACUACAGUUACCUUCUGCCCUACGUGUCCCACUGGAGGAACCUGCAUCUCUACUGCAUGACCGAGGCAGAGUAUGAAGACGAGGAAGCAGCAGAGGAAUUCAAAAUCUCCAGUUUUGUUACAAUGGUGCAGGACUGCUAUCGUAUCGGAGUACCCUACAGCGCCCAGGGACACGUCCAGAGGUUUGAUAUGUUUAUGGUGGAAAAGUGGCCCCUCAUUCAAGCGUUUGCCCUGGAAGGCAUCGGCGGAGGAAGCUUUUUUACCAUGAAAUACAAGCUAAUGGACAUGAGUGAGAAGCUGUGGCAGGUUUACAGCAGACUCGACCCAGUCUCACUGGAUACUGUCUUCACUGAGGACUUGGUUAACUUUGAGAAGCAGUGGAGUAGCUUCUUCUCCAGUAUGGACCUGGAGAGCCACCUCUCCAUCUUGGAACUCUCUGAAGCACAAGCAGGAGAAGCAUUCCGCACUUAUUACUCUCACGGACUGAUCUCAAGCAACAUCACAGAUAAAAGUAAAAGUCAGCAGCCCUUUGUGUUGUUUGGGAAGCAUUCUUCUCUCGAGGAUUUGGAGAGUUAUUCCUUCAACUUUCCCUCAGAGAGUCAUCAGGUCCGCAACACAGGGCCACGAGGUUCUACAGCCAGACACAUGGUUCUGCAAUGUGUGGCUCCCAAAGGACCUCUAGCCUGCUCUCGAACCUAUUUCUUUGGGACCACCCACACUCCAUACAUUGGAAAUGAAAAGAACGCUGUGCAGAAGAAAACACAAGUUUUACUUUUGUCGGAGAUUUAUUCAGCUGCUGUUCAAGCUGUCCUUUCAGGAAUCAAAUGCUACUCCUGUACCACAAGCGCUACCAAGGCUAAGGAUGUGGCAGAGAACACCUUUCUUUUGGCUUUGGACUCGAUGAAUUUGAGUCAGUAUCGCAGUUCUCUCAGGUCCAAAUGUGAAUUCAACAUUCAAGCAGUGAAUAAGCAAGGACGGAUCAUUCCUCUGACUGAUGAAGAAAGCCGCUAUGUUGUGAAAACAGCCUCCAUGACCAUCCAUGACAUUCCAGACCUGCAGUGGGACGGCGGGGAUCUGGGCUCAGUGGUCUUCUCUGAAUCCUUCUUGGAGUCCAGCAUCAACAUUCAACAGAAAGAUGGCACUGUGUCCUCAGACAGCUGCUACACCAUCCUGACUACAACCGUGCCUCGCUAUGCAUGCUGGCUGAUGGAAGCUGAUGUCAAGCAAUCCGAGCAGGCCCAGCAUCUUGCUAAGCAGAAAGAAGAAAGCACUUGUUUGGGAACUGCUCUGACUGUAGCCGAUGCAGCAUACGUGUUCUCCAGCAGCCAGCUCUCCACGCCUGAAGAAGGGAAAAUCAUGUUCUUCUCUGAGGGACUCCUGUUUAUCCAUUCUCAAUAUGGAAGCUUCACCCUGUCCAAGGAUCACAUCAGUGCCAUCAAGUUCUAUGAUCCGGACUCCAGCGCUGUGGCGUCUGUCUUUGUGGAGUAUGAGAGCAGCCUGCUCCCCCACCUUCCGUUCCCUCUCCACAGCUCUGACCAGUGUCUGGUCUUUGCUCUGCAGCCCCGGUCUAAGAGCCACAGGGCUUUCUAUUCCAAGGUUCUGUCCGUGUGGCAAAACUCUGAAUCUGGACUCACUCUGCAAAUGGUGGACCAUCAGCACCUGACCUGGAACCAGAAAAACAUGCACACCAGACUGCAGAAGCUGCACGACAGUCAGGAGCCACCGGUGGCCAAACGCAGAGGCAGUCUGAAGACGUCAUACUCCCAGCUGCCAGAGCAGGACAUGUUUCUUCAGCACUUUGCUUUGAGUAGCAUUGGUCAGGAGCCCAUUCUGUAUGACCAUCUGGGGGUGCUCUUCCCCUCUGCAGAGCUGAGGAAUCCAGCCAGCAGUCAGGGAGACAAGGUCGUCAUUACCGUCAUCACCGGACUGCCACGAAGCCACAAGAAGAGACUCUGCGACUUCCUGGUCCAGUUAAACAAAGAGCAUGGAAGGUGGGUGGUGUACAAGCCUGGCCCUGACAGCUGUGACAGCUUCUCAGCCUCUCACCUGCAGCAGUAUUUGUCCAGCUUCCUGGAGAGCCAGAGAGGCCCGGGAGGCAAGCCCCGUCUGUUGGUGCUCUCCCCUGGAUAUACAGAUGUUCUGGAUGUGGUCCAGGCUGUGCUUUUCCACCCUGACCCAGUUGUCCAAGCAUGUUUCACCAUCGGGGCUGUAACUGCUUGUGUGGACCCCCUCUCCUCCUGCAUGGAGCACAGGUUUGCUUUCCCGAAGCUGUUGGAGCAGUGCAGCCAAGGUAUUGUGAGUACAGUGGUGUUCACUGGGCUGACAGCAGAGCAGAAGCACCCUCUCAUGCAGCAUGUUCAGCAGUUGGUACGCUCUGCCAACCCCACCGCAGCCUUCAUACUGGCAGAGAAAGGAGCUGUCACCAGGAACGAAGAUGUGAAUCUGAUAUUUUCAGAGAGCAGCUUCAAUGAGCCACAGAUGCUGAGAGCACGUUAUGUCCUGUACCCUGGAUGGUGCAAAGGCCGCUUCUUCUCUGGUUCGGGCUCUUUGGUCCUGACCCAGCAGCGUGUCGCUUUCAACCGCCCCCUAGAGAGGCCUCUAUUUGUCGCUCGCUGUAAAGCGUUCAAGUCAUCAGUGAGGCCGAGCCCCUUCCGAGGAAACGUGUACAACGUUUGGGGGAAAGUCAAAUUUUCUGACUCAGACCAACUGAUGGAGGUGAGCUACAACACAGUGAGCGGGAGCCUGAGCAUUGUCCCAAUCCAGAGCGCUGACCCUCUGACCCCGGGCCCCAAAGAGACCGACACCUCCUGUUUCCUGAUCUUUGAUGGCGUUGGCCUCACCGAGGACGGACUCAAGGACUGGCUGAGACUGUGCGCCAAGCAGCGACAGUUAAAGAAGCCGAGGAAGACUAAAAAUACCCUUUCACCACAAGAAAUCAAGCUCAUACACAUCACCAGACACUUGGACCCACUGCCACCAGGCUACUUCUACAACGGUUAUCUAUAUGUCGACAUCUUUGGAGAGAAAAGGACCCUUCAUCCCAACAUGGAAGAGUUCAUUAAAGACUACAUCACAGAGGCCAACAAAGAGAUCGAGCUAUUCAACCGUCAGCUGGAGCUGCAGGCACAGCCCGACCUGUUUGAUCCAUGAUGGAAUCUGUCUGUAUGCCCACUGCCUCCAUUUGUCUUAUUCAAGGGAACCACUGUGGGAGGGACAGGGAGGGCUCAGGGGUCAUGUACCAAACACUCCACUAGAAUGGUCAAUGUGUGUUCACACCACAUGUGUCUGCAGGAACCGCUGCAUCCAUUCAUUGUCUAUGUACUAUGUCACUUUGAUUCCUGAUUCGGUGAGUCCAGGUGAGCUUUUAAACAAUGACAUCACGCCUCCAAAGCCAGUCACGUCACGGCUGUUUGCCUCACUUGCCACACCGCAGCCUGCACAGUUAACUCUGUGCUGAGCUGGGUGUCAUUUAUCAAAUAAAAGUGGCAAUCUGAUGCGGUCAUUCAAAUGAAGACACGUUUGUGAAGAGAUGAGACAAAUCUGAAACAUAACGUAACAUAAGACUGCGUCUAUAAACCGAUGUGAUUACGCCACUAAGCCUGCAAGCUAUGAGACUUUCACAAUCGAAGGGAAUUUCCAUCCGCACACUCCUACAGCUUGUGCGUUUCUGUUUAUCACAGUUGGCAAAUUAAUGCCUCUAUUUCUGGACAGGCAUGGAUAGCCGUGUGAUUCUGGUGGGCUCCCUGGUGGGGUUUCUCAAGAAUCGCUCCUCCUCUGUUGUCACCCAAUCCGUGGCCCACCUGUUAUCUUGUCUGCAUGCCACGCUGCAGCAGAGGGAGCGCUUGGCCAUAGAGCUGUAAACAUUGGACAGGCUGUUGGCUGCAGACAACUGAUGAAUGAUGCCAUUAAUCACAUAGCUAAACGCCGUCCCAGUGCUUUAUUUUAAGACUCCUAAAGUGAGUCUAAUGAAGGUGCAAUAAAGCAGACUUCAGUCCCCGCAGCAAGGAGUUGUAAAACAGCCGAGGCCAUCAAGAAACACAGAAUCACUGAGGUUACACGUCCACCAGAAGCUCUGUGCUCUGUCCAUUCUAACGCUGCUAGUCCACAGUGAGAAACUCGCAGACACUAAUUGAAGCUCAGCCUCACUGCAGUCAGGUGUGGAUCACUCAUUUCACCAUUUUGGUCAAAAUGUUCCCGUGUUGUUCCAAGAAGUCCGAACAUUCCCACGUUUGAUGUUUUUUCAUGUUUGGGGUCGCUGUUUUCGGGUUGGACGAGGGGAAACGAUAGAAAACUUAGUUUAGGUUUGGGUAACCAUGAGUAGAGCCUUUAGUGAAGGUCUAAGGCUUCGUAUCGAUGGUGUGAUGUUGCAGAGAUUCAGACUUUGUGUCUCGUUACGUUAUUCUACUGCCUGCUCUGCGAUCGUGUGUCACACUGAUGUUCUAUGCAUGUCUUCCUCUCAUCAGGGUUCCUACACUGGAAAAGUUCUAUAACAAAGAAAAUGUUGUCAUUGGUCAUCACGGCUGCAUAUUCUCAAUUAUAAUAUUGAACCAAACGAGCAUUUCAAAGUAAAAAAACGUGUAGGAACCCUGGUACAAUCCCUGGAUUUGAUGGCUUUCAUUCAUUAUGGGGUCAGCAGUGUACCACGCAGACUAAUUACCAAUCUUUGGACGCUACGUUUGUCCGACAAAGGAACUUCUUAUUUAUCGCACACAGAAACGUGCACGUUCUGCUGCUACUGCAAUGAUCCCAGAUAUCACAUUAGCCUUUGUACGCUGCUCUAAAAGAAGCGGCUGUAUUCAACAUUAAGUACUGUGAGACUCUGAGCCUGUUUCUGCUCAGAGCAGACUUUAAGUACUCUGAUUUCUGAGCAGGAGGGGGAUGCUUGCUGACGAGGUGAACACUUAUUCAUUGUUGUUAGAUCCAGAUAUUUUUAGAUUAGCGGUGACCUCAAUGUAUUUUGGGUUGCCAUUCACAGCUGUCAACAGCCAGUAAAAGUGAAAGAAUCAAUAAUUUAGUUUUGAGCUGGCAGACAAACGGACAGUGAUAACAUUGUUAGCAAGUUAUUUUCCCUCAGAUGACUCGUCAGUAUCCGGGCAGAUUCAGGUUGACACUGCUGGCCCCAUCCGUCCACUCUGAUCUGAACAAGCCAUACCAUCUUAUGCUAGAUGUGCCACUGUCUUAUACAUGAUUAAUACGAUGCAUAGAAUAGCACAUAGCAUAGCAUUGAAGUAAUGCCUCUAACAUGUAUUACAGAGGGUUCACAUGGAGAGGAGGAGCUCGCCCCAAGUUACUCAUUCCAUCAGCUCCUCUCUCGCUGUCCUCCUCCUAAUCUAGAAAAGAAGUGCAAUUGUACCUUGUGUUUUUCUAUAUUCCACUUACAGUACCCUCCAGUAACUCUUUAAGGACAAAGCCGAGCAAACAAAUGAGCUGCUAAAUUCUCCGUCUCUCACAGUUUGUGCUCUGUGCUCUGCUGGAUUCAGUCUUCACGACAACUGAAGGGUUUUGUUUCAAAACGAGGAAGCAGGACAACAUGGAACAUAAAUCCUCUGCUGAUCUUGUUUAGGCUGGAUCCUCCGUCAGAGUUUCAGAGAUGCACUCAAAGCCGUCUGCAACAGUUGCUGUCGUUCUGUAGUUAUGUAAUACUGCAGAGAGUUACCUUGAUUGACAGUAAAAUAGUUGUGAGGCUGACGUAUGGAAGCCCGACUUUAAAACCUGUGAGACGUGUCAAAGAGGAACGGACGCUGUAAUUGGCCGAGAUAUCAAAAGGUAGUCCUUAAAGAGGCGAGGGUUAUGUAAGAUGUUUGUGAUAUUUAGAUGAAAUUACCACUAACGUAUACACACACACGUACACGACUACUACUACUACUAAGUACGUCUACACUAUUUUGCAUGUGUUGAGAUGUCAUGUGAAUGAUAUGACAUAUAUUCUGACAACAUUGCCUUUCACCAAACUGGUACAGCAAAGAGAAAUAAUCACAUUUAUUUUACAUAUCUGCUAUCAGAAUUUGAAUUACCUCGAAGCGACAAAUAGUAUUUUUGUAAGAAAGUGAAUUGAACACUAGAUGCAAGCAAAACGUUUCCUCGCACAAGCUGCAAAAAGCAAAAAGCAGAUGCAAUUUUUUUUUCUUUUGUAAAAAACUCGAAGAGAAUCUGAUCGGCUGUGAGACUUCAGGUUUUCUCUGAUCCAGCAGUGCCUUAGCUACGGCUAAGAAAAGCAGAGAUUAAAGCUGCAUUCAGAGCUCCAUCCCUCCCCGUCACAGGGGGGGAGGACGUGUUGUCAGGCAAGGAUCCGUCCUUCAACAGUGUUGGUGAAAGGAAUCCAUGGAGUCGUUCUUUAAAGCAAUGUGUUUUUACUAAGCCAGAGGGUAAAGUAGGCGAGGUCACACGGGCGGCGGCAGCUGGAGGGCUCUGAAUGAUUCAGGUAUUUUUGCAAACUAACCAAAAAGAUGUUGGAGUAUGGGCUGGGCACAGUUCAGAUGUUUUUAUGUUCACAGUGAGUAACAUUCAAAUCCAGCUGCUUUCUUUCAUAAAAACACAAACACACGAGCAAAGCUGCAUCUUUGUCCACGGUGACGAGCGAACAUGAUAUUAAAAACGUUUCUCUUUUUUUAUGCCCAGCCCUGGUUGGGUUUGAUACAGAGCUUCAAAGUUUUGGAUCAAAGUACGAACAAAAAAA